CUUGAAUUCUUUGGUCCUUGAUCUGGAUUAUCCAGCGCUGAGGAAGAACAAGAACAUUGAUAAUUUCUUAAAUAGAUAUGAGAAGAUUGUGGAAAAAAUCCGAGCUUUACAAAUGAAAGCUGAAGACUAUGAUGUUGUUAAGGUGAUUGGAAGAGGGGCCUUUGGAGAAGUGCAGCUGGUUCGCCAUAAAAUGACACAGAAGGUUUAUGCAAUGAAGCUACUUAGUAAAUUUGAAAUGAUCAAGAGAUCAGAUUCGGCCUUUUUCUGGGAAGAAAGAGAUAUUAUGGCCUUUGCGAACAGUCCAUGGGUGGUUCAGCUAUUUUGUGCCUUUCAAGAUGACAAAUACUUGUACAUGGUAAUGGAAUACAUGCCAGGUGGAGAUCUUGUAAACCUUAUGAGCAAUUAUGAUGUGCCUGAGAAAUGGGCCAAGUUCUAUACAGCUGAAGUUGUUCUUGCUCUUGAUGCAAUUCACUCCAUGGGCUUGAUACACAGAGAUGUGAAGCCUGACAAUAUGCUUCUUGAUAAAUAUGGGCAUCUGAAGCUGGCAGAUUUUGGCACUUGCAUGAAAAUGGAUGAAACAGGUAUGGUGCGCUGCGAUACAGCUGUGGGUACCCCUGACUACAUAUCGCCUGAAGUUUUGAAAUCACAAGGGGGUGAUGGUUAUUAUGGACGGGAAUGUGACUGGUGGUCUGUAGGAGUUUUCCUUUUUGAGAUGCUAGUUGGCGAUACUCCUUUUUAUGCAGACUCAUUAGUAGGAACAUACAGUAAAAUUAUGGAUCAUAAGAACUCAUUACAUUUCCCGGAUGAUGUGGAAAUCUCUAAGCAUGCAAAGAACCUUAUCUGUGCCUUUUUAACUGAUAGGGAUGUGCGACUUGGGAGAAAUGGGGUAGAAGAAAUAAAGCAUCACCCUUUUUUCAAGAGUGAUCAGUGGAACUGGGACAACAUUCGAGAGACUGCUGCUCCAGUUGUUCCUGAGCUUAGCAGUGAUAUAGACAGCAGUAAUUUUGAUGACAUUGAGGACGACAAGGGAGACGUGGAAACCUUUCCAAUCCCCAAAGCCUUUGUGGGAAACCAGCUGCCUUUUAUAGGAUUUACCUACUAUAGAGACAAUUUGUUGCUAAGUGAUUCCUCUCAGUCUUGCAGAGAAAAUGAGUCUGUGCAAUCUAGUAAAAAUGAGUUUCAGAAAAAACUAAGCAAGCUGGAAGAACAGCUCAGUAAUGAAUUACAAGCCAAAGAUGAACUAGAACAGAAGUACAGGUCUACUAAUACUCGUUUAGAGAAGAUAGUGAAAGAACUAGAUGAAGAGAUAACUUCAAGGAAGAAUGUAGAGUCUGCAGUCAGACAGUUAGAAAGAGAGAAGGCUCUUCUUCAGCAUAAGAAUACAGAAUACCAGAGAAAAGCAGAACAUGAAGCAGAUAAGAAACGCAAUUUGGAAAAUGAGGUUAACAGUCUGAAAGACCAGCUUGAAGAUUUAAAAAAGAGGAAUCAGAACUCUCAAAUAUCCAAUGAGAAAAUCAAUCAACUACAAAGACAGUUGGAUGAAGCCAAUUCUUUGCUGCGGUCAGAGUCUGAUACUGCAGCCAGGUUAAGGAAGAACCAGACAGAAAGCACGAAGCAAAUCCAGCAGCUGGAAGCUAAUAAUAGAGAGCUACAAGAUAAGAACUGCCUGCUAGAGAAUGCAAAACUCAAACUGGAGAAGGACUUUCUUAAUCUUCAGUCAGCUCUAGAAUCAGAAAGAAGAGAUCGAAGUCAUGGAUCUGAGAUUAUCAGUGAUUUACAAGGUCGAAUAUCUAGCCUCGAAGAAGAAGUAAAAAAUGGAAAGAGUGCAUUAGCCAAACUGGAAAUAGAGAAGAGACAACUGCAGGAAAAACUUACAGAUUUAGAAAAGGAAAAGAGCAAUAUGGAAAUAGAUAUGACAUAUAAAUUCAAAGUUAUGCAGCAAAAUCUUGAACAAGAAGAAGCUGAACAUAAAGCCACAAAAGCACGAUUAGCAGACAAAAAUAAGAUCUAUGAAUCUAUAGAGGAAGCAAAAUCUGAAGCCAUGAAAGAAAUGGAGAAGAAACUUUUGGAAGAGAGGGCUUUGAAGCAAAAAGUAGAAAAUCGGUUGUUAGAAGCUGAAAAGCAGCGCUCCAUGUUGGACUGUGAUCUCAAACAAUCACAACAGAAAAUCAAUGAGCUCCUUAGGCAAAAGGAUAUACUAAAUGAAGAUGUAAAAAACCUGACAUUAAAAAUAGAGCAAGAAACACAAAAGCGCUGUCUCACUCAAAAUGACCUCAAGAUGCAAACACAGCAGGUCAAUACCUUGAAAAUGUCAGAGAAGCAGUUAAAGCAGGAGAAUAACCAUCUUCAGGAAAUCAAAUUAAGUCUGGAAAAACAAAACAACGAGCUCCGCAAGGAACGUCAAGAUGCAGAUGGACAAAUGAAAGAGCUUCAAGACCAACUUGAAGCUGAACAGUAUUUCUCGACUCUGUAUAAGACACAAGUUCGAGAACUUAAAGAAGAAUGUGAGGAAAAGACCAAACUUUGUAAAGAAAUGCCGCAAAAGAUACAAGAGUUACAGGAUGAGAGAGAUUCCUUGGCUGCUCAGCUAGAGAUUACUUUGACAAAAGCAGAUUCAGAACAACUUGCACGUUCCAUUGCUGAAGAACAGUACUCUGAUUUGGAAAAAGAGAAGAUUAUGAAAGAGCUGGAGAUUAAAGAGAUGAUGGCUAGGCAUAAACAGGAACUUACUGAGAAAGAUGCCACCAUAGCCUCUUUGGAGGAAGCAAAUAGGACACUAACUAGUGAUGUAGCUAAUCUUGCUAAUGAGAAAGAAGAACUAAACAAUAAACUGAAGGAAGUACAAGAGCAAAUUACAAAACUAAAAGAAGAAGAAGCAAAUGUAGGAAAUAUUAAAGCACAAUUUGAGAAACAGUUGUUGAAUGAAAGAACAUUGAAAACCCAGGCUGUGAAUAAAUUGGCUGAGAUCAUGAAUCGAAAGGGUCCAGUCAAACGUGGAGCUGACACUGACGUGCGGCGGAAGGAAAAAGAAAAUAGGAAACUGCAUAUGGAACUGAAGUCUGAACGAGAAAAAUUAACCCAAAUGAUGAUCAAAUAUCAGAAGGAAAUCAAUGAAAUGCAAGCACAAAUAGCAGAAGAGAGUCAGAUACGGAUUGAACUCCAGAUGACUCUGGACAGCAAAGACAGUGACAUUGAACAGCUUCGUUCACAGCUGCAGUCAAUGCACAUCGGUCUGGACAGCAGCAGCAUAGGCAGUGGACCUGGAGAUGCUGAGGCAGAUGAUGGAUUCCCUGAAUCAAGAUUGGAAGGCUGGCUAUCACUGCCUGUUAGAAAUAACACAAAAAAAUUUGGAUGGGUUAAAAAGUAUGUAAUUGUAAGCAGUAAGAAGAUCCUGUUCUAUGACAGUGAGCAAGAUAAAGAACAAUCUAAUCCCUAUAUGGUAUUAGAUAUAGACAAACUCUUCCAUGUCCGCCCAGUCACUCAGACUGAUGUGUACAGAGCAGAUUCCAAGGAAAUUCCUAGGAUAUUCCAGAUUCUAUAUGCUAAUGAAGGAGAGAGCAAAAAGGAACAGGAAUUUCUUGUGGAGCCCAUGGGAGAGAAAUCAAAUUACAUUUGUCACAAAGGACAUGAGUUUAUACCUACUCUUUAUCACUUUCCAACCAAUUGUGAAGCUUGUAUGAAGCCACUGUGGCAUAUGUUUAAACCUCCUCCUGCUCUAGAAUGUCGCCGUUGCCAUAUCAAAUGUCACAAAGAUCACAUGGAUAAAAAAGAAGAGAUUAUAGCACCUUGCAAAGUCUACUACGAUAUUUCAACGGCAAAGAAUCUACUACUGUUAGCUAAUUCUACAGAAGAACAGCAAAAAUGGGUGAGCCGACUGGUGAAAAAAAUACCCAAGAAGCCUCCAGCACCAGACCCCUUUGCUCGAUCUUCUCCCAGAACUUCCAUGAAGGUACAGCCAAACCAGUCCAUCAGACGACCAAGUCGACAGCUUCCUCCAAACAAACCAAGAUUACUUGAUCUGGCAUUUAAGGACUGGGAUUGGUCAUUUGAUGAUGUUGAUGAUAUUGAUGGUGAUGAUGAUGACGAUGUUUUUGAUUUCUGAAGAAGUAUAAGGGGUAAAUCUAAAUAGAGAGGAAUGGAUUUGUUUGCCUUUGAAUACAGCAUGCUAUGUUGGAUUUUGUUUCUCAAAGCCAAGAAAAUACAAGAUCUCAUUUUAAUAUUUUAAACAGUAAAAAUGAGAUUCUGUUCAUGAUGUUGAUGAAUUUUUAGAGGAGUCAUUUUCAUUAAAAUGAAGUUGUUGCUUUUGUCAGUGUUUUUGUUAUUCUAGUUUUAGAUCUUUUUUCAAAUUCAUGUCUGCCUGCCUGAAAAAAAAAAAUACUGCUGUUGUCAGAGUAGUUGGUCAUCUACAGUGCUAAUAUUGCUAACCUUUGCAUAUAAUUUUUGAAUGCUAAAAGGGAGAUUGUUGUACUUGGAUGUUUAGCUGAAAUAGAAUUGGUAUUUACAAAUACUUUUCAUUUUUGAGCUUUUAAUAUAAACUGACUGUUCUAUGGCUAGCAGACAUGAAAUCACCGGAGUUCUGCAUUUUGCCUUUUCUACAUGUGUUAUGAAGUGAAUUUGACUUGGCUUUCCUUUGCAGUGUUGUGCUUUUCUAACCAUGCAUUUGAAAACCACGUAAACAAAUGGGCUUUGCAGCUUCUGUGACACAGUUUUCUUGACUGCUUUACAAAAAAUACGGCCAUUAUAUUGAUCUAAUUUGUCCUGUGGCUCACUUAAAUAUGCAGUGCAAAUGUACUGGAAAUAGUGAUAACACUUUUAUAGUUCUCAACGUUUAAUCAUUAUACAUGUUGAUGAAAUGUUAUUUUUACACAGAAAAAAACACAUAAAUGUUAAGCUCUUAAGAAUUCCUUUAAAUGGUAUGUAAGGUGUGCCUCAGCCUUAGAAAGGAACAGGCGAUGACAGCAGCACUAGGGCUGUCCCUCAGCUGUGUACUCAAUUAACUGAGAUGCCACCUCUUGUAGAAUUUAACUGGCUUAGUGUUUACAGUAACAAGCAUUAUGUUAAUUAAAUAUACUGCAUCUUUAUGUAUUAAAAGCUUACAGUUUACUAAUCUUUUAGAAGUGACUGUUAACGUUGUGUGAUUUUUACCCUCAUAUAUUACAAGGGGGUUUAUUUGAUUUGGGAUCAUCAUGUGUAAGGAUGUACUAUACUUAAGUAAUGAUGCUGUUGAAUGCAAAGGAAUGACAUUUCUUCUAAGUAUGCUGAUGAGCCCAUCUUAAAUGAAGACUUUGAGGAAGUAUAUUAUUGUCGGAUUUACAUUUGCUGCAUUUACUGACCAAACUUCCUGCU